AUGGGUAGCAACGGCGUCUGGCCCGCCGAGUCGGAGAAGGUGUGUACGUUCGAAGCCUUUUUUCUUCCCGCGUCGUCCCUCUUGAAGAUUCAAUUGAGAGCGUGUUCCCCAGCAUUCAUUCCCACGAAGAAAAGAAAGACAUCUAAUCCACGGAACAAACAGAACCCCUCCCUCCUCCUCUACAACCCCCACGAUGCCCGCCACGAAAACCGCCCCGUGCCGCAGCCCUCGGACCCGCACGACGUCCUCGUCCGCAUCGCCUACGUCGGCUGCUGCGGCAGCGACGUGCACUUCUGGCACCACGGCGGCAUGUCGCGCAAGGUGUCGCCGGCCAACCCCAUCGUCAUGGGCCACGAGGCGUCGGGCAUAGUCGCCGCCGUGGGCCGCGGCGUCACGUCGCUCGCGCCCGGCGACCGCGUCGCCAUCGAGCCGGGCUACCCGUGCCGCCGCUGCCGCGCGUGCAAGGAAGGCCGUUACAAUUUGUGCAAAGGCAUGCGUUUUGCCGCCGCGCCGGGCGGCACCACGGCGGGCAACGCCGGCGGCAUGGCAAAGGUCGCCACGCACGGCACGCUGUGCAAGUACUUCCGCAUCCCGGAGGACUUCUGCUACAAGCUGGGCGACGGCGACGAUGCCGACGGCGUGAGCCUGGCCGACGCCGUCCUCGUCGAGCCGCUCGCCGUAGCCGCGCACGCCGCUCGCCUCGCCGACGUGGGGCCCGGCCAGGACGUCGUCGUCAUGGGCAGCGGCACCAUCGGCCUGCUCUGCGCCGCCGUCGCCCGCGCCUUCGGCGCCCGCACCGUCGUCGUCGUCGACGUCCUCGAGCGCAAGCUCGACUUCGCCCGGCGCUUCGUGCCCGGCGUGCACACCUUCUUACCCGACCCCCUGGCUGCUCCAACAAACCCAACCGCUGACGACAGCGACGACGACAUCGACGGCAGCCGCGCCGACGCCCUCUCCGAAGCCACCGCCGCGCGCAUGAUAUCGCUGCACAGCCUCGGCGGCGCCGACGGCGACGGCGCCGAUGUCGUGCUCGAGGCGACGGGCGCCGAAGCCUGCGUGCAGACGGGCAUCCACGUGCUGCGGUCUGGCGGCACCUUCAUCCAGACGGGUCUCGGCAAGCCGCGGCUGCGCGUGCCCAUGGUGCGCAUGAGCGAGAAGGAGCUCACGCUCAGGGGGUGCUUCCGCUACGGGGCCGGUGACUUCGAGCUCGCGCUGGGGCUGAUGCGGCAGGGGAAAGUCAGCGUCGGGAUGCUCGUCAGCUCCGAGGUGCCGUUUGAGCGGGCGACGGAGGCGUGGGAGCGGACGGGGAGGGGGGAGGGCAUCAAGAAUUUGAUUAGGGGGCCGGUGGAUUGA